AUGUUGCCUAGUCCUGCCUCUGCUAGUUCCAUGUCUAUAGCUAGCCCGAAUCCAUUCCGGCUUGCUGCCUCUGGGGAAUGGCACAAUGAGGACUCUCCAACAACUCCUGGCACUCCUGAUAUAAGAACAGCAGAAAAAGCAUUUGAAGGCUGGGUUAGAAGAAGAAAAACUGCAAAGGAGUUGUUUGCCAAAGAAGUCACAAACAAAUGGCCGAAAUGUUGGAUGUGCCUGCGAGGACCGUUUCUCAACAUCUAUCCCAACCAGUUUACUCGUCGAGCAGAUAUGAUUAUUAACAUUGCGAAGUGCAUGGUGUCAGAUGAGACGGAGCUUAAAACAUCAAAGAAGUUCGUUUUCCGCUUGUCAAGACCACCAAUGGAGCACCACUUCUCGUGUUACAGUCAAACCGACAUGAGAACGUGGAUCCACAAGAUUAGAGUGGCUAGCGAAAUGUAUGGUGGACAGAAUCGAGGCAUGUCAAAAUCAAUUUCCUAUUUGGAAACUGAGCAUGGUGACUCAUCCGGGGAGCACUACAAUACACUUACGGGAUUGCCAACGUCAUUGACUCAUAGUCAUCAUGAAGAGUCUUCUGCACAUUCUGCAGCAGCAUGUAACACCCUUCCCCGUUCAACCACGGGCUCCCUAGCAAAGCACGGAAAAGCAGCUGCAACUCGGUUUAUCAACAAAAAGUGA